GUUUCAACUAAAACCGGAAAGAGCAUCGGAAGUGCAAUCGUAUAAAAAUUGAGAGGCAUACGUUAAAAUCUUACUCCGUCCCCUGUUGGUGUUUUUCCUUUCUCUUCAACCACAGAGAACAGAAAGAGAUUGACCAUGUACUACAUUGGUAUAUUCACUUUUCUGCUAUUUGUUGGAGCUCAUGGAUUUGUUCUUCAAAGACCGACAACUGUGGUUAAAGCAUUGAAUGGAGAGACCGUGAUGAAUUCUGGGCCACCAAUUGGCAGUCCGGACCAGUCAACUCAGAACCAGAACCGCUUUAUGAGGGACCCAACCAUCCUUGAUGCUAGAAGAAACAGAGCUAGCCCAGUGAUAGUUUCAGCGAACGCCAUGAUGCCAAACAAGAAUAGAAUUAUAGCUUCUCCAGGUUCGAACAAUAUGGCGCAGGAAGCGUCUAAUGUUAACAUGCCAGAAAUGGUGGCCAUGAUGAUGAACAUGAUGAGUAACGAGCCAAACAUGGCUGACGUGAUGGCCGACAACACUGCAAAAGCAGACAUGAUAAAUGCCUUAUCGUCGGCCACUGAAGUAAUGUCAAAACUGAAAGCCAACAUGAAUCAACCAAGAAGACCCAAUAUGCAGUCACCAACUAAAACAUUGCCUUCGAUAGAAAAUUUGGGAUACAUAGUGCCAUCCAUGAUGAAUGCUAACAUACCGUCUGGUGCCAAUAUGAUGACAGGUACCAAUAUGAUGCCAGUUAAAGGUUCAGGAUCCAACUUUAUCCCCACAGAAUCUCAAGGACCCUCAAAUAGUAACAUUAAUAUUAGUCCAAGGCGAUAUUAAGACGACGAAAAUCCUGCAGGGGAUGAUGGGAAUCAAAAAGAAGAAAGACUAUCCCCGUGAUUGUAUAUAUAUAUCUACAUCUUGAAAUAAUUAAAUAAAUAUUCAUUUGUGUACGCA